AUGGGUUGCGGUUCCUCGGGUCACGUGGUCGCACCGGCGGAAAGCGCACAUGGAAAUGGAAAAAUGGUGAACGGCAACGACACAAAUACCAAUGAUGGCAAUGAUCAACAUAGCGACGGCUUGCCCACCGUUGCAUUGCCAGAAACACCAACUAAGCCCAAGCCUCCCGUGGCCUAUGAAAUACCUAUAGAAGAGUUUGAUGGUGGCAAGCGUACCAACACACCACCGGCCCACCUACAGAGACUCCUUCAACCACCAAGCGCUGAUAUAAGCUUGCCAGAUAUCAAGGAGAAGCUUGCUGAAGCUGAACAGAGAAGACUAACGAUCCUCCAACAGCGGGCGGCAUCCGCACAGAAAAGAGCCCAGAAAAUGAUGAAAUUUCACAAAGAAUCACUCGUCGAAGAAAAAAAACACGGUUCAAAUGUUCUCACUAUAUCUCCCGAACCCGGAGUUUGUGAAGACAAAAAUAUUUAA